AUGGGUGAUGUUUCAAUAGCUGUUGGGUGCGCUGUUGGUUUACCAGUAGGAUUAAGCUUUCUCCUAGCAAUUGUGUUUUGGAUUCGAAUGCAACGUCGUUACAAGAAAGAAGAUGCAAGAGAUUGUGAAUUGGAGAACAUUAUUCGUGAUGAAAGUGGAUUCAUCAGUUUUGAUAAUUUAGGAACAUGGCAAGAAACACAACAGGAAAAGAAAGAUGUUUAUGUUAAUGAUGAGUCUGUUGAAUCGUCGGGGAUUCAAGGUUCAAGUUCAUCAGAACAAUUGCAGCAACCGAAUGAAACACAUCAAAAUAAGCAUCAGAGUAAACAUUAUAUGCCAGCAUAUAGAAGAAAUCUAAAUGCUUACAGAAUACGGCAAUUACCUACAGGUAUUAAUGUUGAUAACAAUGGUUCAAAUUUGUCGCUGGAUUCGACGCAAAAUAUGAGGAAAAGACCAAAUCUACAUCAAGAGACUGUUUAUGAUCAAAUGAUACCUGUAUUAGCCAAUACUGAACCGAAAUUAUUUUCAGAAGAUAAUAAUGAACAGGAUACUGCUGCUACCAUACAACAAAAUCAGCAAAAUAAUGAAAAAGUCAUUAUGAAAAAUUUAAGGAAUAAUGAUUUUGGAUCUUAUCCAAGGGGCACACAAUCAGCAACGAGUUUAUCGCGUUCCAAUUCAAAUUCCAAUACAAAUACAAAUACCAAUGUAUCAAGAUCUUCAUUGCAUACAAGAUCUUCGUCAGUGAUGUCUGCAGUUAAAGGCACAACUAGUUACGAUAAUGUUUUUGAUACUCCGAAAAGUGCCACUGCCGCAUCACUGGUGGAUGUGAAGGUCAGUAAUAAUAAUAAUAAUAAUAAUAAACAACCGGUGUAUUCUUUAAAGAACAAUUACGAUAUAAAAAAUACUUCAGAGAUUCAAGAGGAAGAUCAAUAUGAAAACGAAUUUACCAACUAUUCUGAAAGUAAAAGGACAUUCAUUGACAGUUUAAGACCAAAACCAGGAAUAUGA